CUGCCAUGGAUCCUCUGUUCAUAUGCUUCAUAUUGUUGGUAUCGUUGCUGCCGCAGUGUCAUGGCCAGGAUUGGUAUAAGAAAGCCCUCAAGGAAUAUCCCGGCUUAGCCGACGUCGUCGGUCCGCCAAAGGUUCAUCUUCGGGUCAUCGGUGGCGAGGCUACAACCAUUGAGAAGUUGGGUGGAUAUCUGAUCUCCCUGCGAUACAUGGGUGAUUUUAUUUGUGGCGGCACAUUGAUAGAAGCUCGCAUUGUUGUGUCUGCAGCACAUUGUUUCAAAGGACGUCCCUUAAUUGACGAGUGGGUCGCUGUGGGUGGCGUCACCAGUCUCGAUGAGGAAGGCACUCGGUCCAAGGUACAGGACAUUGUCUCGCCAGCCGUGUUCACGGAACGAAACAUGCACAUGGAUGUGGCAGUGUUGCUGCUAGAAACACCCCUUGAGGGACCGAAUAUUCAUACAAUUCCCCUCUGCAAGUCAAGUCUCGAUGCCGGACGGUUGCUGAGUGUCUCCGGCUGGGGUCUGACUGAUACGAAGUCUGCGACACCUCAUCAGAGCAUUCGCACUGUGCUGGUGCCCAUUGUCAAGAAGAGCGAAUGCAAAAAGACCUAUAAGAAAUCAAUGGUUAUCACCGAAAGUAUGUUCUGUGCUGGUGCUUUGGGUGCCAAGGAUGCUUGCACUUUCGAUUCGGGCGGUCCUUUUGUCUAUAAGCGCGAGGAUGGCGUCACCGAACUCUGCGGCAUUGUCUCAUUUGGCAUCAGCUGCGCCAGUCCCAAGUAUGCAGGCGUCUACACGGAUGUCAACUAUGUUAAACCCUUCAUUGAAAAGACUGUCGCCGCAUUUCGUAGUGUAAUGUAAUAAAGAAUAUAUGCUUA